AUGGAAGGUGAAUUGCCAAGCAUAAAGAAAUGGAUUGUGUUGUAUCCUGUUUAUAUAAAUUCCAAAAAGACUGUAGCUGAAGGAAGACGAAUCGGCAUCUCUAAAUCAUGCGAAAACCCUACUUGUGCAGAAAUUGGGGAUUGUUGCAGUUAUCUUAAACUUCCUUUUGCGAUCGAGAUUGAUAAGGCUUACCCUCGUGAUUUCAUGCAAAGAGGGCGAGUUAGGGUUUUGCUGAAAAAGGAAGAUGGAACUCUCAUUAAUCCAUCAAUUUCUUCCAGAAAGCAACUAAUGUUAUGCAUUGCCGAGAUGGUCCCUAGACAUCAUGGAAGAACCAAGAAGCAGGAAACCGCAUCAGCAUCAACUGCAACUGCUGGACCUUCCAACAAAUCUGGGAAAGGUGGGAAAAAAAGAAGAUAA